AUGUCGGACAGCGCGGUGGUUAGGGCUGCUGCGGAGGAAGACGUUGGUGCGCCGGCGAGCCCUAAAUCGACGGGCCUCGCGGAUGCUUUGGUGCUGGGAACACUCUUCGUGCUCUGGUUCGCGUUUCACGCUUACUUCAGUAUCUACAACAAGCAGGUUCUCAAAGAUUUUCAUUAUCCGUUUAGUGUCAUUCUUGGUCAAGUUGCUGCCGGGACAGCAUUGAUUACUCUAAUGUGGAUGUUGAAUCUCCACAAAAGGCCCAAAAUCAGUGGUUCUCAGCUUGUUGCAAUUCUCCCACUGGCGGUAGUGCAUAUCUUAAGCAGCCUCUUUACCAAUAUGAGCCUCGGAAAAGUUGCCGUAUCAUUCACUCACACGAUCAAAGCUAUGGAACCUUUCUUCUCUGUAAUCCUCUCGGCUAUGUUUCUAGGGGAGUCUCCUACAAUAUGGCUGGUGCUCUCUCUUCUACUUGUCCUUGGUGGAGUUGGUUUGGCAUCCAUGACCGAGACCCUUUUUAAUUGGUCUGGUUUUUGGACGAUGAAGCUUUCUAUGGGUGGACUCGAGAGUUACAGCACUCUACCUGCCAUUGGCCAUUUACUCGGCAGUUCUCUUUCCAUGGCGAAUAGAGGGCGCAAAGCCGGAAGCAAUUACCGUGUUGUUCCGCCAUGCCACAUUCUACGGGCCGGAUGGCACGACAAGGGAGAUUUACCCGGCGGUUGUCUUUCCAUGGCGAAUAGAGGGAGCAAAGCCGUAAGCAAUUACCAUGUUGUUCCGCCAUGCCACAUUCUACGGGCCGGAUGGAACGACAAGGGAGAUUUCCUUGGUAGCAGCUCCCAUUUGCACGUUGUGGGUAGAAAUGGAGAUACUUCGGAAGAUGAAGUCAUUCCUAAAGUCACUCCUACUCGAGUUGAACAGCUGCAGGUAAAUUGGCUGAACCAUCUGUUUAGUAGUGAUAGCCCCUUGCCGGGGGAUAGUUGA